AUGUACCUGCCAUCAACAUCGUACAUAGGACCUUUAACUACAAUUAACAGCGACGCGGGGACAUCUACUGCGGGGAGCUCUGAGCGCACGGAAGACGCGUUCCACCAGCCAGCCAACACUCAUGCCACAAACAAUGCCGAGUCAGUGUCGGAAAUGGCAAUCGUGCCAGCAAUACCGACAAGCACACCUGUGCACACCAGCACAAGCAACACUCAAGCAGAUGAAACAGCCGCCGAUACUGAAGUGAAUGAUGAAACCGAUGACGAAGCACAAGGGGAUGAAGAUGGUGGGCAAUCAGAAAUCAUGGUACCCCAGCCACCGUAUCUUGGGCAGAGAUUUGAUUCGUUUGAAGAUGCAAAGGAAUUCUACCAGACAUAUGCAAAGUUCCAUGGGUUUGCGGUCAACACCGAAUACCAUAGGAAAAUUAAAAAAACUAACGAGUACAGCAGAGGUGAGAUGAGGUGCUACAAGGCACGAAGAAACAAGAAGGGCAAAGGUGAUGCGCCUGUCGUUCCGGAACGAAAGAGAGGUAUCAUUGUCAAGACGGAAUGCCCUGUCCGGUGUAAGCUGAACGUAGAUGGAGCACAGUGGGUGGUCACUGAAUAUUUUGACGAGCACAACCACGAGCUAAUAAAGAAGUUUGACCUGAUACUCUCCCUCAUCCACAGCAAAAAGGGGUCUCUGAGUAGCAUGCCCUACAUACCAGCAGACGUUACAAACCUAAAGGCAAAGUACCGUAGAGAAAGCAAGUUGGCUGACAUAGAAGCCACGAUAGCCUACUUCGAUGAGAAAGCGAAAGAAGAUCAAGAUUUCUUCUACAGGAUAAGAUUGGACGAUGAGGACCGUGUCAGGAACAUGUAUUGGUUCGGAUGCGGGCUCAUUCGGAACGAAGACACAGAUGGGUACACUUGGUUGUUCAAGACCUUCUUGGAGUGCAUGGGUGGACUUGCUCUGAUGAACAUAAUAAUAGACCAGGAUUUUAGCAUGCGUGCAGGCAAAGAGGAGGUCUUUCCGUUGGCAGUGCACAGGCACUGCAGGUGGCACAUUAUAAAGAAGGCUGAGGAGAUGCUAGGACCGUUCUUUGCUGACUGUCCAGAGCUGCACAAGGCAUUCGAGCUAUGCGUGGACCACAGCUUGACGGUGGAGGAGUUUGAAAGGAGUUGGAUGGCUAUGAUUGAAACAUAUCAAGUCCAAGACCACGAGACGCUUGCUAGCUUGUGGGAGAAGCGAAUGUACUGGGUGUCGGCCUACUUCAUGCAGUGCUUCUUCCCGUUUCUGCAGACUACACAGCGCAGUGAGGGGUUCAAUGCUAUUUUGAAGCGGUACGUGAGCCCUGGCAACUCAUUGCUACAGUUUGCCAAGCAGUACACCGCUUUGCAACAAAAAAUACUAGGAUCCGAGCUACAGCAAGAAGCAAACACCGCGCUUAAGCAGCCAAAAUUGCUAACGUAUUUACUAAUGGAGAGGCAGAUGAUCAAGAUAUACACCAACAAGAUUUUUAACAAAUUCCAGGAAGAAAUAAAGCGUGCCAGCAUGUACACGGCUUUCCAGGUGGAUGAACAUACGUUCAAGGUGUGUUCUAUCCUGGGCAUGUCGGAUUCAGAACCUGAAGACCUGGACAAGGGAAGGAACUACUUUGUGAAGGCAUCGAUAAGCGAAGGCGAAUACUACUGCCAAUGCUGCAAAUUCGAAUGGGACAGGAUUGUGUGCUGUCACAUUCUAAAAGUAAUGGACAUGAACGCGGUGACACGAAUGCCCCGCCAUUUCAUAAGGCCGCGAUGGACUUGGGACGCUGACGACGCAUUGGCGCCGCAAACAUCAAACGCAGUUUUGGCCGUGCAUGACGAGAGACCAGAGUCAACCAUGGAAGCCGCGAGGCACGUUUUGUUGACAAAGAACUAUGCUGAACUAAUUGAUGAAGCGUGCAAGAGUGAUGAGAUAGCAAGGGUCGCAGAAAAACACAGGAAGGCCCUCAAAGGAGAGCUUGAUGAGAUCAAGAAGAGGAAAGCUGAGGAAGCCUUACACAGGUUUCCCCACACAUCAAGUGUGCCUUCGUCCAUAGGGCCAUCAUCUGAAAACUCGGAGGUAGGAUCUGGAACAGCAAGCACACCAACACAGGUUAGGAACCUGCCCCGUUCCAUCACAAAAGGGCAUCCAAAAGAGAUAAGAUACAAAUCGGGAUUGGAGAUUCAAGCAAAACACAAGAAACCAAAGAAAGGGACGGGCAAUCCGUAA